UUUUACACUUACCAUCCCUAAGAUCGUGAGUCCUCGUCGUCUCCAUAGAAUUCAUACCCGUUUUUAUUUUCUCUUUUAAUUGACAAUGUCUUCCAUGACGUUUGCUGGGAAGGUUGCAAUGGUGACAGGUGGUGGGAGUGGGAUUGGAAGAGCCGUCUGCCGUGUGUUGGCGAGAGAAGGAGCGCGUGUGGUUGCCGCUGACGUGAACUCGGACGCAGCCCAGCAGACUGUCGACAUGCUUGUUAACCCCAAUAAUCAUCUGGCGGUGAGCAUGAACGUUGCCGAGAAAGCAUCUGUAUCUUCGGCAAUCAAGGCAUCGGUGGAGAAGUACAGUGCUCCUCCAAGUCUUGUGGCCAAUGCCGCUGGUAUCACCCGAGAUAAUUUCCUGCUGCAGAUGGACGAGAAUUCCUUCAUGGAAGUUUUGGACGUGAAUGUUAAGGGGUCCUUUUUAGUCAUGCAGUUGGUAGCAGGCACACUUGCUGAACAUGGUUUGAGAGAAGGAGCCAUUGUAAAUCUGUCUAGUAUUGUUGGGAAGACUGGAAACCUUGGCCAGUGCAACUAUGCAGCGAGCAAGGCUGCUGUUAAUGGCUUGACUAAAACAGCAGCAAGAGAACUAGCCAAACUGGGUAUACGUGUCAACAGUGUUCUGCCGGGCUUCACCAAAACCGCAAUGACUGCAACCGUCCCUGACAAAGUAAUUGAGAAGUUGCUGAAGCUGAUUCCUCUGCAUAGAAUGGCUGAGCCUGAAGAAAUUGCAGAAGUUGUGGCCUUCCUUCUCUCAGACAAGAGCAGCUAUAUGACUGGUACUUGUAUUGAAGUUACAGGGGGACUCAGCAUGUGAAUUUAAUUUUUCUUAGAUACUGAAAGAAGGGAAAGAAAAUUGUAUGAUGCAGAGAUAGUCCUCUAUUUUGAUUUUGUGUGUGCAUUUGCCUAUAGUGUAGCUAAAGAAGAAGCUAUCAAAGUGUGCUAUACUCAUUUUACAGUUAUUUGUUUUGAGUUUUACUGAUAGUAUUCCAUCCAUUUUUAACGUACAAUUUACUAGUGUUCAGUCACUCAGGGUACUUAUGGUUUAUUUACCAAACGUCCAUGCACAAGCUUACUCAUUAUUUCUCUGUAUUUUUUGUAAGAAAUAUGUUUGUCUGUACAUAAGAUGCUUGACUUUCUUGAUUUAUUGAACAAUGCAUGUCAGUUAAUUUUAGGGAAAGAUUUGAAGAUACUUUAUAUAUUGCAUAAUUGUAGAAAUUUCCAGUUAUUGGUUAUUUAUGUCACAAGCAAUUAUUUUACAUCAGCUUUGGUGACAAUUAUGCUCCAUUACAUAUUGUAUGUUAUUGCUCAAAUGGUUCUAAGAAACUGGUUGCUAUUAAUGGCAUGAGAUGAUACCCAGAAUCAUAAAUGUUUGAUUUGUGCACAGUUGAAUAAUCAUCAUUACAGUCCAUGCAAUAAAAAAUUGUUUUUUGACUAAUAUGUGUACAGUCAGCAUUUAGCAGUUGCAAGUUCAGUAUUCACAACUGAAAAUCCAGGAGAUUUCACUGAGAAAGGUGUUCAAAGAUAUUAAAGGAGAUCAAGAAAUCAAAAUACUUCUGCCGAAAGUAGACAGAACCUAAAAACAUGGAAAUACGUUCAGAGAGCUAUUAAAUCACAGAUAACAGUAAAAAAUCACAAGUACAGAUAUUUGAGAGAGAGAAAAAAAAGCACUAGGAUGGGCUAGUGAAUAUGUUGCCUUAUUCUACAAUGCUUUUGCAAAAUUUUAAUGUUUGCAAGGGUCUUAGGACAUAAAGGACCAGCUAUAUCUUCAUUACCAUACCAUAUCGUUAAAUAGGGCAGAUAUUCUGUUCAGUAAAAAUAUUGAGUAACUGUGCUUUGAUUUAAACAUACAGAGAAAUCUUAUUUUGAAUUUGUAAUUCUUAAAAAUUAAUAUACUUAUAAAUUAAUUAAUUCUUAUAAAUUAAUUCAAAGUUUUACUAUAUCGUUAUGUGCGUGGGUAAUCUUAACCGAGAAGUUAACUUGGAUACUUGCGAACAAACUGUAAUCUUGUCAACUCCAUGUAAAUAGAACAGGAUUUCAGGACAUUACAGUACAAAGGAACUUCACCAUAGGUCACAUUAUAUGAAUUUGUUUUCAGUGAUAACUCAAAACAGUCUUACAAGCAUUAACCCAUUGCCGCCGGGGAUGGCAUGUACAUACAUGCCAUGCCCACUGUGUGUUGACUUGUUUGAUUUUUUUUACACAUAGAUGGCUACACUUGUACUAAGUCACCAAUGAGCCAAUUAUGAGGACUGCCUGCCUCGCCUGUUCACCCUUUUCAUUGAUUUACCAAAAUAUUUAACAUUAUCUUAAUUUGCUGUUAAAAAUAACACCAUCUAUAUUUAUAGCACUAGUAAGAAUACGUUUUUUCCCGCCAAUUCAAGGAAAGGUGAAAUCAGGAUUAGCAGAGCCAUCUAUGUACAGAGAUAUUUCACAGAAAUAUAGAAAAUGAGUAUAGCAUUUUCCCCAUUUUUUAUUCUUUUUCCCCGGUGGCAAUGGGUUAACUUAGAAAGUGAAAUUGUGUGAGGUGUGUCUUGAAUAUGUCUAUAUAUGUAGUUAUUUUUAUAUAUUGUAAGAAACUUCAAAGGGAAAUGAUUAAUGACUAAUCAGGGAAAUAAGGUGCUACUGAUAUGUGUAGAUGAUUUUUAAGUUGUAGAUAUUGUAAUAUCUAUUAUGAAGAUAAGAAAUAUAUAUAUACUUACAGAAAA